UGUCGAGUGACCCCAACCCUUGGUGCCUUGCACAGGGUGUCGACCGAUAUAGCAAGGAAUAGUUCUGUACUUGGAAUAAAAAACCGUGUUUAUUGAUAAAAAUCCACUCUUUCGAAGCUUCAAGAGACAGAUCUUAAGUUUUUAAAUAGACUAGGAAUACAAAGCAAAGAUGAGCCAAGGGUAUCCUUCCGGCCAGGGAUAUCAACCCGCAGGACAAGGACAAGGACCCUAUCCUCCAGUUAAUCAGCCACCAGUUGGAUAUGCUCCUCAGCAACAGGGGUAUCCACCACAGCAACAAGGCUAUGGUGGACAAGACCAGAAAGGCUAUCCUCCACCGCAACAGGGAUAUGGACCACCUCAACACCAGGGUUACGGAGCACCUCCCCCUCAGCAAGGAUACGGAGCGCCUCCCCCUCAGCAAGGAUAUGGAUCACCUCCACAGCAGCAAGGAUAUGGAGCCACUGGGCAAGCUCCUCCAAAUCUGGCUGUUGGAGGAGAAGUAGACACUCCAUCUUAUACUGGAUCUGAUAUUCCUGACCAAGAUGUCGAAGGAAAAGAAAAUGCUGCACCACCAACCCCCACUGCUCCUCCUCCUAGUCUUUUUGGUACUUUACCUGGAUAUGAAAAUACUAAUUAUGGUUCUCCAUAUCUGCCUCCACCACCCCCUUAUGAACCGCCCCCACAGCAGAAUGCUCCACAACAAGUCUUCAGCCAAGCAACAUCAAUCACUGAAGAUCAAGCAAGAAAUGCUCUGCUUAAAUUUGCUGAUGAUCACUGUUGCUAUGGAAAAGGCGCAGCCAGAGACAUGGACAUCAAAGACAUCCAGCCAACAUGUGGUUACCAUUAUUCCUUGUCCAGUUUUGGUGAGAGUAGAUCAACUGCCUGGGCAUUUCAACCUUACACUGGCCAACCCUUAGAUACCCCUAACAAUGGGGUACCUCCUCAACCAUGGAGCAUCCCAGCACAUCCUCCCAAAAUGUUUCAAGAUUCUGUUGUAAAGAUUGAAGUUCCACACACUGCAGUACUCAAGCCAUGCCAUGAGUGCCAUGGUGCAGGGUACAAAAGAUGUUACAACUGUUAUGGGCGUGGCAGGACAAGGUGUACAUUCUGUCAUGGAUCUGGACACAAAAGUGUGUAUCGAGAUGGUGAACAUCACCAUGAACACUGCACAUGGUGUCAUGGGAGUGGUCGCAGGAGGUGUACCACUUGUCAUGGUCAUGGUCGAGUCAGGUGCUGGACUUGUUGUGGUCAAGGCAAUUUGAAGACCUACAUUGAGCUUACUGUGAAAUGGACAAAUCAUUUGUCAAACCACGUUGUUGAACGAACUGACCUUCCCGAUGAAUUGUUAGUGAACAGCUCUGGCACCGAGAUCUUCAGUCAGGAGUUACCACGAGUGUGGGCAAUCGAUAGUUUCCAUGACAAUGACGUCAAUGCUGGAUCCAGAAAGCUUGUUGAUGAACAUGCAAGGAACUUUGGAAAUGAACGAAUCUUAAUGCAGCGUCAGGUUCUGCGUGCUGUUCCAGUGUCCGAGGUUCACUACAAGUGGAAAGAUAAUGACUCCAGGUACUGGGUGUAUGGUCAUGAUCAUAAAGUCCACGCUCCAGACUACCCACAAACUUGCUGUUGUGGCUGUACGAUUCUUUAAGAUGACCCACGCCUUUGCACCUGAGCUAUAGUUAGUUUAACAGUAGCCACGGAGGUAGCGACAGCCAGGAUGCAAUGUUCUUUUCAUUUUAUUCCCAAAAGAAGAAAAAUUCUGCUGUUUUGCCCCACACCACAUGGCUGCCUUGAAACCCCUCUACAGUAUGUGCGAUAUAGUGUGUAGUCAUUAGUAGAUUUAUAGAAGUAGUUAUUUAGCUUGCAAAUUAAUGAUAGCAUAGAAAAUAUUAUUCUUAUUUUUUAGAUGUCACUUAGAUAGAGACAAAUAAAUCGAUGGUCAAAGAUAAAAAAGAAAAGAAAUGCGCGCUAUGAUACCACAGGUAACCCAAUAGUAAGAAUACUCGAAUGAAGGGUUAGCGAAUAUUUCUAUUUUACUAUGCAUGCAUCAAGAGUUCUGCACUACUGCUCUAAGCGCAUUCUCAAUGGGUCAAAAAGUUGGAUCAUGGGUUGUAAAGAUUACUAUAUUUCAAUUUUAUUUUUUUAAUAAAGUACAAUUUUCAUUAAACUGUGCUUGAAUUAAUUAAAUUUUCGACCCAUGAUCUCACUUUUUGACCCCUUGAGCAUGGCCUUGUAGCAGUGGUAGCGCGGGACUCGUGAUGCAUAUAUAGCGAUUGUUACCAUUUUAAAGUUCUUUUAUAGUGUCUUCGUUCGUGCCACGCCUUCCCAUGUCCAAUCAAAGGUCGCGUAUUUUACAUCCUUUUAUUAUUUUGCCGUAGUUAUGUCGUUAUAAAGCAACGACACGGUCACGACACUGAAUUGACGAAAUCCUUUGACUAAUCACAUUACACGAGAGCUAUACUCAGCUGAUGAAAAUGCUCGAAAACGGCUUAUCACGACACGGCAUUCACAGGAUUCAUAUUUUCAUUCAAGUAUAUUUUUUCUAAUAUUAACCCCGAAACUGACAUUUUACAUUAACCCAGGUCAUGAAUGUUUUAAAUCCAUACAAAAAAUUCUCUAGAUAGCAUUGGAUAGUAUAGAUAUAUUAUGUCUUCGGGAAAUAACAUGCCAUCAUACACCGGCGUCAUUCAAAUUAAAACAUUCUUAACGCGGUUUAUUUUUCGCAAAGGCUCUCAAGCGGGAUGGGUGGAAGGAAGCCGAGACCUGCUACGCUAGGUCUUAUAGCUUAUUAGAAAUAUUGGGAGAACUUUCAAAUCGAGAUCACCAAGCAAGUGAUACAGCAUUCUUGCACCCAAGCCCAUUUCAGCUUUCUAACAAAAAAUCGAAUUUCGCUUAAGAGGGCAUGGAUUGGACAAUAGGUGGGGAGGGGGAGGAAUUUGCAUUAACAAACAAUGGAAGCCAAAGGAUCUUACACUAUUGAACAGUGUUUAGUUAAUCAUUUUUCAUGAGUUCUCCUACAUAAAUCUGUUUAAGUCAUUACAUUUCAAUUCAACGAGACAUCAUUAAAAAAAUAUUUGACGGAA